AUGAAAUUCAGCAAAGAAGGGAUCAGAGUAUGGAGAGCCUAUGGUAUUGGACCUGGCAAACUUAAGUUAUGGGACGAUUUUAGCGUGCCCAAAGAUUAUCUUCCACCAACACUCGAAGAUCCACAUGAAGUAAGCACCCAUACUGUUUCAGUUUCAUUUACUAACAUCAUGACAAGAUGACAAUCCAAAGAAACGACCGUACCUGAACAGUUUGACUCUGCAGGAGAGGAUGCUAUAGAUGAAGACAGUCCAAAUGCUGAGAGCUUAUUCUUUUGUUCUGAGGAAGCUGCAUCAUGUCCUUUCAGCAACAUUCUUCACUUCAAAACCACCUUGACUGUGGGAAGCACAAGUACACUCUAGCGUGCGAAACCUUAUUUGAUAAGGCAAUAAUUAUGUACGCAUCAAAGCUCAAACAACGUGCAAUUUGUGAUGUACCACAGAUCUGUGAAGGCAUUCCAGUUGACGUUGUAGUUACGCCGAUUCUGAAUAUGGGCUGGGCCCUUUCAGAGAAACAAAAGACAUAUGUACUAGAUACUUAUCAAGUCGGUGAGCAGACUGGUCAAAAGGCUGAUCCUGUGUCUGUUUCAAGAACGAUGAAGAGGGCAAGGCUCUCCAGUGGCGAGCCUAUGUUCACAGCUAUUGAAUAUCUGAUGCCACAGCAAAUCGCUAGUUCUAUUCGCAUGAAACAGCAAAGGGAGGAAGGCUGCCGCUGGCAUCUCAACUACAUCCCAGAAGGAUGA